AUGCGAUUGGAGGAUCCGAAUAAGUACUUCAACUACCUCAGAAUGUCAGCUGUAAUCUUCAACGAGUUGCUCAAUAUUGUCGGACCUUUGAUCGAAAAGGAAAAUGUAAUUCGGAAACCGAUACCGGCCAGAACGAGAUUAGAAGUGACUAUACGAUGGUUGGCAUCUGGUGACAGCAUGACAUCGUUAUCGUAUGCUUAUCGCAUUGCCCAAUGUACGCUAUCACGAAUAAUUCCGGAAACUUGUGAAGCAAUUUGGCUCGCCCUAAAGGAAAAGUUUAUGAUUGAUCCAACCGAAGACAAUUGGAGAACAAUAGCAGAAGACUUUGCGACAACAUGCCAAUUUCCAAACUGCAUAGGCGCUAUCGAUGGAAAGCAUGUCGUAAUUCAGUGGUUCCUGCUACUACAACUACAAAGGAAACCAUAUGGAUUACCGCAUCUAUUUCAGACAAAUGCUCUCCAUAUCCCUCCACCUACGCGUCUGAAUAAUAUGGAUUUCGAGUUUCCAUACGUUCUAUUGGGAGAUGAGGCAUUCCCCCUGAGCACACAUAUGAUGCGACCAUACCCUCGGAGUCGACGGCUGAAUAUCAGCCGAAAAAUUUUCAACUAUCGCCUGAGUCGAGCAAGGAGAACGGUUGAAUGUGUUUUCGGGAUUUUGGUUGCAAGAUGGAGAAUAUAUCGUCAACCUAUUCUUGCAUGCACAUCUACUGCUGUAAAAGCAGUACAGGCCACGGUUAUCUUGCAUAAUUUUAUUAUUAAUCAAGAAUUAGACUUACCACUUGCAGAAAGACAGUACUGUAAUCUACAAGAAGAAGAGCGCAACCUCUCGGCUACUAAUGAACUUACAGACAUACGUAAUAGCAGUUCGCGAAAGUCUAAAGCACUGAAGAUUCGAGAUAACUUUGCUCACUAUUUCGAGCAUGUCCUCUACCGUGGCAGUGGGACAAAGUUUUAA